AUGUCAUUUCUCGGCGGCGCCGAGUGCUCGACGGCGGCCAAUCCGCUCAGCCAGUUCACAAAACACGUCCACGAUGACAAGUCGUUACAGAGAGAUCGCCUAGUAGGACGGGGGCCAGGUGGGCUUCAGGAAAGCAUGCGGAAUCAGCAGAUGGGCGGUGGCUCAGACGGUAUGAUGAAUGCGUUUAUGCAGCAGAAUGCGCAACUUCCACAAGGGCCCGGUCCCGCUUCACCCUUCGCCAUGGAGCAGAUGCGAAGAGAACUGGAGCGGGCACAACAUAGCGGAUCUCCAGCCUGGGCAGCCGAGUUUGACCCUGGGAUGCAGGCACCACAAAUGGGUCCAGCCAUGCAAGAAAGACCAGCAGGCUUCAGUCCUGCUGAAUUUGCAAAGUUCCAGCAAAUGAACCCUACAGCACGAACAGCGAGCCCUACGACCGCCUCUCAGCCUUCCAUGAUGGGAUACCAGCGGCCGAUGUACGGCAUGGGCAUGGGCAUGGGGGGCAUGGGCAUGGGCACGAUGCAGCAGCCAUAUGCGCCGCAAAAUAUCCAGCAGCCCAUGCAAGAUUCUGGGAAGGGCAAGGGUCGCAUGGUGGAGCUUGAUGAUCAGGACUGGGAGGCGCAAUUCGCGGAGCUGGAACAGACGGAUCAGCACCAUUUGGAUGCGUUGGAUGCCCAGGCGAACAAGGAUAUUGAAGCGGAGCUGAAUGAAAUGGACAGGUCAGUAGAUGUUGAAGCCGCCGACUUCGGCGAUUUCGAGUCGAUUUGGAAGGGCAUCAACGCUGAGACUGAAUACGCUAGGCAACUUGCCAACGAGGACAACUUUGUCGACGGGCACAUGGGCGACUUGGAUCAGUGGGAGGGCUUCGAUGGGCUGAACACGCACUCCGUUCGCGAUCCUGCCAUGGGCGACUACCUAUUCGAACAGGAAAACCUCUUCAAAAAUGUCACGAACCCAUUCGAAGAAGGGAUUAAGAUUAUGGAAGAAGGUGGGAACUUAUCGUUGGCUGCACUCGCGUUCGAAGCAGCGGUUCAGAAAGACCCGAAUCAUAUUGCAGCUUGGGUCCGACUGGGAGAAUCGCAAGCGCAGAACGAGAAGGAAACGCCAGCUAUCCGAGCAUUGGAGCACGCGCUAAAACAGGAUCCAUCGAAUCUUGAAGCCUUGAUGGGUCUCGCAGUAUCAUACACAAACGAAGGCUAUGAAAGCACCGCAUAUCGAACUCUGGAGCGCUGGUUAGCCACCAAAUAUCCAUUGCUCAUUAAAGAACCACUCUCCUCCGAUGCCGAAAUGGGAUUCACCGACCGCCACCUACUGCACGAGAAAGUUACGAACCUGUUCAUUCAAGCCGCACAGCUAUCACCAUCUGGUGAGCAAAUGGACCCAGACGUACAAGUUGGCCUCGGCGUGUUGUUCUAUGGUGUAGAAGAGUACGACAAGGCAGUUGACUGUUUCGGCGCCGCUCUUGCCUCCACGGAAUCCGGUGUCUCCAACUCCUCAUCACAAGUCCAUCUCCUCUGGAAUCGACUCGGCGCCACCCUCGCGAACUCCGGACGAAGCGAGGAAGCCAUCGACGCUUACUCGCGCGCGCUCGCCCUCCGGCCGAACUUUGUCCGUGCCCGCUAUAAUCUGGGUGUGUCUUGUAUCAACAUUGGAUGCUUUACGGAAGCUGCGCAACAUCUACUCGGCGCCUUGUCUAUGCAUAAAGUUGUGGAGCGGGAAGGGAAGGAGAAGGCGAGGGAGGUGGUAGGCGAUGGUGUUUCAGAAAGUCAGUUGGACAACAUGAUUCAUCAGAAUCAAAGUACGAAUCUGUAUGACACAUUAAGGAGAGUCUUUGCACAAAUGGGCCGACGGGAUCUAGCGGAUAUGGCAGGCCCGGGUAUGGACGUUGAGCGCUUUCGCGGGGAAUUUGAAUUUUGA